CUGCAGUAUAUGGGUGUUGCAGCCUCGCUGAGGCGCGCAUCAGAAUAGCUCGAUGCACUACUGCACCUGUGCUCCAGCUCGCAAAUCACAGGAAAUAGCUGUGCAAAAACGACACACACGCAAGCUUCCGAGGUAGCGUAAAUGACGUCGAUUUGAUAAAAUUACGCGAGGGGAAAGCACAGCGGAAGAGACCGUUGUCAGACAUCGCUUGUUGUCGGAAUUCAGUGGAGGGUGCAGCUGUGGUCUCUGAGGGCAAGGAGGAGCUUGUGGUCAGCAAACUAAACAGACAGCAAUGACAACAUGUACCUGACGAAUGAACCAGACCAGGUUUAAUUAGGAGGUCCAACUGUAGUCAGUCUACACAUUUUAACAGUCUAAUGGGGUUUGGCCUAUGACAUUAAUAAUAACAUUUAUUAUUGACCUAUAACAUUAAUACAUUUAUAUAUUUAGCCAAUAUGGCUAAUAAGAUAUGCAAGCCUUCACUUGAGCCUGCAUGGCUAUUACUUGAUUCAAAAGGUUGCACUCAGUCAGUCUAAAUAUUUUGGUGGAUGAGGAACCUAUCAAACAAAGCUGUAAUGAAAAAUGUUCCUUUUUAUUGAUAGAACAGAAACAUUUAUGUAGAUUCACCAUAAUCUCUAGAUUAGUGUUCUUACAUAAAUUGAUUAAUUUGGUGGAGAGAAACAAGAAAAAUUGGCAAACAGAAACUGAAAAGUGAGAGAAACCUACCACCUAAAAACAUUAAACAUCAUGCAGUCAGACGAUCUCUUCAUCCGCAAGUUCCGAAGACAGAUGAAACACUCACCCAUAGCAACAGUAAAUUAUGAACACAAGCAAGAUGUUGGUGGUUUACGAACACAAAUCAUGACAGAAUGGACCCCCAGGAGAGUAACAGAGGAAACAGACAAAGAGAUUGUGACACCCCUUACUGCUGGACAGAGUACGAAGACAGAGGGUCGUGGACAUUUAAUGCAGCGCAGCAACAGUGAUGUAACCUUGGGUGAUUUAGACCCAGCAAGGCAAGACGGGUGGAAGAUCCGAUCAGGGAGUAACAAAAGUCGUUUAGUGGGGCAGGGGGAGCCCCUCCACAGAGAAUAUGGUAGCCUCUCCUCAUUAGAGAAACGGACUAAGCCUGCAAGUCCUGGUGCAGAUGAGCUGGGAGCUCGUAGUCACAAUGCUGUGCACUUUAAGUAUUCAUGUAAUUUGUUGGCACGUCAGGAGACAGAUGGCAUCUGUCAAGCAAACAGCCCUCCGGCAGUAGACAGUUCCAAACAGGCUAAGCCCCUCAAACCGGAGGUGCUUGGAAAGAGGGUCAAACCAUCCCUUCUGCAGACCCCUCAGUUUCCUUGUGAUCAGGUCACAGGUGGUGCUUGGGUGCGCAAUUUUGCACAUUAUGACGUGCAGAGCAUUUUGUUCGAUCUGACAGAAGCUGCCACAAAUCGUGACAGCAUUGGUCGUAAGAAAAACAUCACAUCUGGUGCAUCAGCUGCCUCUCAGCUUGGUCCAUUAUCAGAAUCCAGACCUUCCUUACUGUCUCAGAGUGGAGGAGGCGCUGUAGGAAUUGGGGGUAGCUCAGAUGAUGUAGAGAAGUCUUUGCUGGACGAAGGAGAUGGGAAUGAUAGUGAUCUCCUGCUCAGCUGUCCACACUUUCGGAAUGAGAUGGGUGGAGAGGAGAGUCCGGGAAUCGGCUUAACAGGGGACAGAGGCAGAUGGAGAAAUCUUCAGACUCCCAAUGAUGCUGUGUCUGUGUUAGAGGAGCCCAGAGAGAGCCAUGUUCAGCAACAGGGGAAAAAUAACUACUUCAUAGAGCAUACGGACCUAGGGGCUCGUUACUAUCACAAGUACUUUUAUAUGAAAGACCAUCAAAAUUUCUUUGGCAUGGAUGAGCGUUUGGGACCAGUGGCUAUCAGUUUCCGCAGAGAGGAGAAAGAAGGAUCCAGUGGGUCCCAGUACAACUACAGAAUCAUUUUUAGGACCACAGAACUGAAGACCCUGCGUGGUUCCAUUUUGGAGGAGUCUGUUCCUUCUGCAGCACGCCACACGACACCACGUGGCCUUUCACCUAAGAGAUUGCUAGAAUUCAUUUUGCCUGAUAUCAACCUACAUUGUCUUAGACUGGCUUCUACAUCUCCUAAAGUUAGAGACACACUCCUCAAACUGGAUGAGCAGGGACUAAAUUUCCAGCGUAAAGUAGGUAUUAUGUACUGCCGAGCAGGGCAGAGUACAGAAGAGGACAUGUAUAACAAUGAGAGUGCAGGCUCAGCAUUUGAUGAGUUUCUGGACCUUCUCGGCGACAGAGUGAGACUAAAGAGUUGGGAGAAAUACAGAGCUCAACUAGACACCAAGACGGAUUCCACUGGUACACAUUCUCUGUAUACUCGCUACAAAGAUUACGAAAUUAUGUUUCAUGUCUCCACCAUGCUUCCAUACACACCCAACAAUACCCAACAGUUACUGAGGAAGAGGCACAUAGGAAAUGAUAUAGUUACAAUUGUCUUCCAGGAGCCAGGCGCCUUACCCUUUACCCCAAAAGCCAUCCGUUCCCACUUUCAACAUGUUUUUAUCAUUGUCCGAGUGUAUGAGCCAUGCACUGACAAUACCUACUACAGAGUUGCUGUGACCCGUUCCAAGGACAUCCCCCUCUUUGGUCCCCUUUUUCCUAAAGGGGCAUGCUUUCCACAUUCUCCUGCCUUCCGUGACUUCAUCCUUGCCAAAGCCAUUAAUGCAGAAAAUGCAGCUGAGAAAUCUGAAAAAUUUCGAUCUAUGGCCACUCGCACACGACAAGAGUAUCUGAAAGACCUGGCAGAAAACUAUGUCACCACCACUCCUAUUGAUUCUUCCACCAAAUUCCCGCUGCUGUCACUGGGUGGUAAACGUAAAGAAAAGUUAAAGGGAGCUAAAGGGGCAGAGCUUCAUAGUGCAGGGGCUUUGGUGUGGUCCGUCACAGCUGUUCAGGGUGGCAAGUGUAAUGGGUUCAGCCUGCCCUGCCUGCUGGGUGUAUCAGCAGAGUUAGUGGUGCUCAUCGAGCGGUUCACGCGAAGGGUAGUAUUUAAUUGCAGCUGCCGUGAUGUGAUUGGCUGGAAGGCAAUGACUGAGACAGGAGCUCAGGGUGGACCUUGCCUGGACAUUUUCUAUGAGAGGGGUGAGGCAGUAACUGUGACAGUGCCAGACAUCCAAUUGGAGGAUAUUAAGGAGGUAGUCCAGAGACUGGAGCUGAUAACAAGAGGCUGUGAGGCAUGUGAAAUCACACUUCUGCAAGAUAAAGCAUGCCAGCCCGGAUUCCUGAUGAGUGAAGAAGGCUUUGUUACCAAGCUCCAGCAGUCUGGGUAUGCAGAGAGUGCAGGGCUACAAUUGGGAGCUCGUGUAGUUCGCCUUUGUGGCCAGUUCCUUGUGCAUCUGAGCCAGGAAGAGAGGAGGGGACUUCUCUGCACUGCACAAAAUUUAAACAUCACUGUCAUACCUCCAGAUGAGAAUGGAAAACCACGCAGGAGUUUCUCAGAGCUGUAUGAGAAAGCCAUUCUGGAUGCAGAGGGAAAGUCUGGAGAGGGACAAUCAGGUGAGGCUUGGGUCCUGGAUGAGAGAGGAGAGAAUAAUGAUGGAGGGGAAAAAGAGGAGAAAGAGAAAGAAAAUAGAAGGUCAGAAAGUGAAACUCAAACUCACAAAGAGCAACUUGGAGAAGAGAUGGGAAUUCCAGAGUCCAGGGAUUCAGAAUUGAUGCUCUCUUUACCCAGCAUACCUCUCUUGCGGGCAACCUCUCUGCAGGACAGUGCACAAACUCAGAUUUCAGAGAUCCCCCCCAUCUCUCUAACACGGAGCUACUCACUAGAAAGACACCCCACAUGCGAGGAUUUCUAUAAAGGGCACGAAUAUGAUAAUGUGGGGCAGAAAAAAAACGAGCACAUCUAUGAAAACCCUGAGAAGCUAAGGGACUCUGACAUCAAGCUGGCAAUCAAACCAAAAGUGCUUCCGGAACAUAAAGAACAGUGUGGACCUGAUGAGGAGUUUGAGAAACAGCCAUCAGUCAGUGAUGUGACUGUUCAAGCUGUCUGCUUAGAAAGAGCCAAACGAAACUCCAGAGCUCUGAGCCUCCAUAAUUCAAUCACUAAAAUUCUCUCAGAGACUACAGAUUCAUCUGAGGAGGAGUGGCAGUCUAUUGCUAAUCUUGCCAGUGCCUGUCGGAACAUGCUAGAAGCUCUAUCUCAAGAAGAUCGGUAUGCAGGAGAUGGCACACAUGAGUCCCCAGAGACUACAAUGCAGACAGAAACUAGGCUUAACAACAUAAAAGACAGUGACUCAUCCGGCCCACUUGAGGAGAAGGUGUCCCAGUUAGAGACCAUGUUGAAGCAACUUCAAGAUGACCUCCAAAAGGAAAAGGAGGACAAGCAAUUGCUGCAGGCAGAGGUGCAAAGUCUCAGGCAGAACAACCAGCGGUUGCAGGAAGAGUCCCAGAGCACUGUGGCCCGUCUUAUCAAAGUCACAGAGCUGCUCUGCAAUGUCAACAAGCCCUGCUAGCAGAGAAGGGUAAUUCAUGGUAACAAGACCUAUAUUUUAUUAAAGAUAAUGCAAAUGUUACACCUGCAAAAAAGAUCUAAACUACUUUAAAGUAACAAAACCAUUGGCAAGUCCUGCAAAUAAAAUAGUCAGGGUUAGUAUACUCUUUAUUUAAUAAAAAUUUAAACCAGCAACAUUCUUAUUUUAGCUGCUUGUGCCAUCAAACCCCUUUAGAAUAUGAUAAGUGUAAAGCUGCUCAUCUAAAUGGAGAUCAAGUUUGGAUUGGUUACAGCUUAUGUACAUACAUGUCUGGAUGUGAGUAGCCAUUUGAUGUAUAUUAAUGCCUAGAUUGAUAAUGUAUAUUUUAUGACCAUAAAUAAAAGAACUCCACUCCUUUUCCAGUCUUCAGUGUUGAGCUAUAAUAAAUUCACUAAUGAUUUAGAUUAUAGCAGACAAUUUAUGGUCUAAGUAAAGAAUUGACAGCAUACUUUUUAUAAUAAUUUGUAUCUCUGCACAAUAAGUGUAUCUCCACAGUGCUUACUACUGUUUAUAUGGGAACAGUAUGCAAAAUGUGGGGAAAAAAAGUGGUAAGAACCUAAAGAAGUAAAAAUUAUUAAUUCUUUAGGUAGUUUAUAAGUAGUAUUUUACAUCUAUUCUAAUAUUGCAUGGUAUGUAUGACCUACUAUAGCGUGCAACAGUCUUAUAUUGGGGAGAAACUUAGUGUUGUCACGGUACUAGAAUUUCUAAUUUCGGUACUAAACCUGGAAAAUUCGCGGUAUUCAAAACCAUUUCCUGUGCCACGGGGGAAAUCUGCCACAGCAUUAAGGCCUUAAACAUUUUAAUUUAUUAUUUUAUUAUAAGACGAAUAUAACAAGGCAGAAUAGGGUGACCAGAUGAGAUUGACUGAAAUUCGGGACGGGGGCAGACGUUACCGGAGGGGUGGGGGGUUUGGCUUGCGGUUCAUCCAAUAAUAGUUUUAUUUAUUUAUUUUAUUUAAUAAUAAAAGAUAGUGAAUUUCAAACUAAACCAAUCAUAUUAAUAAGUAUAUAUGCAUAUAAAUAAAUGUAUAUAAUACGUAGGCUAUAGACCUAUUAUACUUCAUACAAUAAUAGUUAGAUCAUCCAAUUUCUUUAUUUAAUGUACUUAUAAAAGACAAUGAAUUUCAAACUGAAGUUACUGAACCAAUCAUAUUUUUAUUAAUAUAAGUACAUAUGCAUAUACAUUUAUAUAAUACUUAUAGAAGUACUUUUUUUAACACAGAGCCUUCACACGACUGACUGUCAAUGCCUGCACUUUCAACUGUCCUCGUGGCUGCUGUAACUUUCACUCUCUUAAUCUACUCUAUGAGCUUUUUGUCCUCUUUUUGUUUUAUAUUGUCUUGUGCAUAUAGACAAAUUAGAUAAAUUAAUAGAAACUUAAAAUUCACACUUAAGCUAUAGCCUACCGAGGUUGUGGAGGAUUGACGCCAGCUGAGGUUUUAACUGCGGCCAGCACUACCGUGCCUUAUCAGCUUAUAUAAAAAACAAAGAUGCUACAGCCAAUGAGCAGCCGGCGGGGGCUGGCUGCAGGAUGACUCAAACUGUUUGCGCAUGUUUUAAUAGACAUAACUACUCUGCCUGCAGAAGAGUGUCUGAUACCAGGCACUGUUGCGCUUUUCAACCACAUGGGGGAGCUGUAAGUCAUUUUUACAUGGAAACUACAUAGUGUUGCUUUCAGGUAAUGUUAAUUUCAACAUUUUCUAAUACAUUUAAUAAAAUCAAAAGUUGUAUCUUAACAUUAUCUAGCAUAAACGGUUGUAUAACAGGAAAAAAAAAGAUAAACAAGUACUUAAACAAAUUUAUUGCUUUUUGUUUGUAAAUGUUAGUUAAUGCAUUCACAUUUAUAUGAUAAACAGAUUAUGGUGCUAAUGUAAAAAAUAAACCUCAAUGAACGACAUAAGGGUUAAUAAAUGACAUGUUUUUGUGAACUUAAAGCACAACAGUAUUUGGGUUAAUUUACUUUUCACCACAGUCAAAGUAUUGUCACCUAAAACGCUGUCUGAAUUUCCUCAGUCUGAUAACUGUGAGGGGAUUGUAUUAACUUUGAUCAUUACUGGCAAAAAAAAAAAAAUGGCACAACACACAUCAACAAUAUGGGAAGUCUAGAAUUAAUACUUAGUGAUGAUAAUCAAUCUCUCGUCUGUGUGUCGGUCCUUCAAAGAGUUUGAUAGCGGCAUUAGCAAACGGCUCUGUAGCAAUGCAUAUUUGGCUUACUUCACUUGUGUCCUUCAGCUUCCCAUGUUUAUUUGUCUUGCAUCCGAAAAAACCUACACGCAGCACUUCACCUUAGCUUUCUUGGACUGUUAAACCAGAGUGAACAAGCGAACUUAGGCCACCAUGCCAGAAUUAGAUUUGUUUUUGCAAUGUUAUAGUGAUCAUAUAUAAUUGUUUCUCAGUCUCUUUAAUAGAAUACAUGCAGAAAAUGUGUAUAUAUUAUUAAAAACUGUAUAAAAAUAAACUGUAAACUGAUGUGUCAGGUUUUUAGGGUAAACUCCCCUUCCACUUGAGCAAUAGCAGUAAACUGCAGGAUCUCUUAAACCUAAAUAAAAUUAAAUCCUAAUUUCUAAUUUUAAAGAAAUUUGUCUUUUUACUUCAUUCUGCUCAAAAACGCACAAGAUAUGUUUAGUGCCAAGUAAGCACCGACGAUGCCUAAAGAAGACAUUUUGUCCUGAAAAUGUAAUUUUUUUUUUACAUAUUUACUGUAUUUUCUGUUGGUAUCUUAAAAAAAUAGAUUGAAAAACAAAUAUGGUGUGAGGAAUCUCCAAAAGGAGAGAGAAAGAGAACCCAGGCGCAGGCGUAGAUGAACUCAAAAACGUUUAAUAACAGACUUCCAAACAAAAGACCCACGAGGGGGUUAACUAGACAAUGACUAAGACUAAAACUUACAAAGAUAAUGACUAACAGGACUUGACUAAACAAAAACAGGAACAAGACUAGAAUAUGAACAAUAGAACAAUAAACUUGACAAAAUACUCCUGACUAUUGUCACACAGGUAAGUACAGGUAUUUAACAAAACGGAUCUGCACAAGACAACAAACACAAGGGCAUUAAAUAGGGGAGCAAAUCAAAAGGGGGCAGGUGACAUGAAUCAAACAAUGAUGGGAUAAUUAAUGAGGAAACAAGGGGGCGGGGUCAAGAGACGAGACAGAAAGCACAUGGCUUAAAUAAUCAAGGCCAGUGCUUUCACACAAAACAUGGGCCUGUCAUGAUUCUGCCUCAUGACUAAUACUAAAACAAGGACAAGAGGGCAGAAUCAUGACAGAACCCUCCCCCUAAGGAACGCCACCAGGCGUUCCUCAGGGGAACACUAGCCACGAGACACGACAGACUGACAAACAGACACAAACCAACAGAACAGGACAAAUAAACACAAAGGCAGACAAAAAUAAACUACAAGAGGAUUAGGGUUAGAUAACAAAAACAUCAUCCAUGGGAGAGGGGGUGGGGGCACAA